UGCAAGCGUGUGGUGAUACGAGAUGGCAGUCUACUCACUGCUUUUGGGCUGACAGCAGACCAUGACUGAAAGACUGAUGCAGACUGGAAUAUGGAACCAAAAGGAUACUGCUUUAUUUUAUUUGACAACCCAGAUUUAGCUCGUACUUACCUAGGCCCGGUUUCCCAAAAGCAAAGUUAAUCCAUGGAUCCUUUUUUUAGGAGCAUCGUUAAAUCUCCAAGCUGUGUCCCAAAACCAUUGUUAUUGACGUUGCACUUUAAAACGCUUGUAAUCUAACGCCUGCCUCAGACCACUCGUAGAACAGCUAAAUGCGUCGUUAAUGCUUUUUUUUGCCCUUCCGCAACACUUUAUACACAGACGUUCUCCCCUGAACUUAGGAUCGUAUGGUUUAUCCGUCUCUUGACCGCGGAUAACCUCAGAACAAAGUUGACUACGAAUAGAACGUCUUUCAACGUCUUUGCAAUUGAUAAACAGGCGACGUAUAAAAAUAGUCUUCAAAUGAAAACUGAGAUGACUGCAUUAAACAUAUAAAUUCAGUAGCUAUAGGCCUAUUUCAAUCAUAUUGAAAUGCAUUUCAUGUUCAAUAAAUGUAGUUCUAUUUUGCUACGGUCUAUAAUUUGUCUCAGUAUAUUUCAUGAUAUGUAGCCUAACGUGAGCAAUGAUGUGCCAAAUCGGUGAUUUAGUGCAUUUUUAUAGGGUAAGCCACAUCAAUAUGUGCAGCCAUAGGUGAUAAUAUCUCUCUAGGAGCUGAUCCGUCUUCAGUAUUGUGAAACAAUUAUAAUAUUAAAGUAAGAUUUGAAUUGAGAAAGCUGAUCCGAGAGCAGCAUGGCCUUUCUUUCGAUCCUAUCAGUAUCGACGCAUGCUCCAACGACGCACUUGGUUCUCUCUGAGUGUUUUGGGAAACGCGCGUUACGCCUUUCGGCCGCUGUGGGAAAGAUGCAUCAUUAAAACACCCGUAAGCCUAAGUUCCAUCACUAUUGGGAAACUGGGCCCUGGUAUUUAGGCAACCAAACUAGACAAUGGCUCCUUUCUGGUCGGCGUGCCUACCCUCGAAGAGGGUAAGACUUUGUUGGCCUUGGCAGUCCUCCGGCUGUAGUUGUCUCCCCACCCCCCCACCAUGCUGGCCUGCCUGCAGAGGAGGCAGAACCCUCCCAUCCCAUCCUCCCAGCACCCCCUGUGUGCUAGCAAGGCCCUGGAGCCGCCUCAAGCACUCAGCCGAAAAUGUGACAUGGUGGUUCCCAUGCAUUCUCCCCGCUACCCCAGCGUGGCUGAGCUGGAUGCCUACGCCCAGAAGACGCAGAGCAGCCCACUCUCCAUCAAGAUCUUCCCCACCAACAUCAGAGUCCCCCAGCACAAGCACCUUAACCGGACUGUGAACGGCUUUGACACCACAGGUAGCCAGCGCUACAGCCCCUACCCACACCUCCAUACCGGCGGCUACACAGGCCUCCUGGCCAUUGUCAAGGUCUCUUCCCCCUUCGCCCCCACUAAGGGCGUCCUCAAGAACUCGGAAGGCAGGCGAACUAAGCUCUCCCCAGCCCAAAUAGCUGUCGCCCCGUACCCUCCCCCUAGCAGUAGUACUUUAGCCAAUGGCCACUGCCGGAUGGUGUACCACACUGGACCCUCGCAGCCCCCCGAGGCCCCUGGCCUCUCCCUCUCGGUGCCCCCUAACGUCACUGUGGCCGGCUCUGGGAUCCCUGUGACAGGGGGGCGAGGCCUGGUCCAGCUACCCCCACAGUCCAACCUCCCUUCCAUCCAGAGCAUCAUCUAUCAAAUCAACCAACACUGCCAGGCCCAGGCUCUGCAGCAGGUGUGCCAGGGUGCAAACUCCUCCACCGCACCCUCUACCAACCCCAGCCCCUCCAAGCAGGGUGCGGGGGGUAUCAUGGGGGUAUCCUCCUGCUCCUCGGGAGGCGGUUACGUGGGCGGCAUGGCGCCCCAGCCUAACCUGGUGUACACAGGGGCAGGGCUGCCGCUGGCGGUGCACAGUGGCGAGGCCAUGAAGGCCGGGAUGUACUCGGACAGCAUGGACUACAUCCUGUGGCAGAAACAGCAACAGCAGCAGCAGGCUGUGCUUCGCAUGUAUAGUGCGGGCAGCGGGGGAGGAGGGGCCAUCAGUAAGUCCCCUGAAAGCUGUGGUGCCCCGGGGGGAGCAGGGAUCAUGGCCCAGGCGCAGGUGUCAUCCUCCUCCUCCUCCAGACCCUACCACCUGACGGGGGGAAGUGGAGGGGGUGGGGGGUGCCUGGACAAGGUCAGCUCCUCCCCUCUGAACUGCAUGGGGAUGCAUGGGAACUUCUCGGUGGGCCAGUACUUUGCCCCACCCUGGAACAGCGUGCUGGUCACCCCCGACAGUGACUGUUACAACCCGCACCAGGAGCUCCUGGGGACCACCACCCGAGGGCCAGCCACUGGGGGGCACAGGGAGAUGGGCUACCCCCACCACCAUCAUCCCCACCAUCACCACCACCAUCAUCACCACCACCCCGCAAUAGACAGCGGGAGCGGGGGAUGCCUGUGCUGCAGCUUGCCCAGUAAGAACCAGCUGUGCAACACAUCGGUGCUGAGCAGCAGCCUGCAGUCUCUGGAGUACCUGAUCAAUGACGUCCACCCGCCCUGCAUCAAAGAGCAGAUGCUGGGCAAAGGCUACGAGACUGUGUCGGUGCCACGGCUGUUGGACCACCAGCACGCGCACAUCCGCCUCCCAGUUUACAGAUAGAGCGUGGGGGGAUGAGGGCGAGAGCCAGGGGACAAGAAUGAAUGAAUGAUGCGAGAUCUGGAUCAAAAGCUGAGGGACAGAGAAGAAGACCUUGAUUUCCUGGGGACAUAUAGGCCUGUUGAGACUGGCACUGCUUGAAGCAGCUCGGAGGCUCCAGGGAGGGAAGCGAUGGUGUUAGAGUGGAUCUUGUGUUGGGUGACGGGCUUGGGGGUUUCUCCCUCCCAGCCCAGACUGGUUAUAUAUCAGUCAGGGAGAAAAAGGGUUUGGGUGGUUUUGGGUGCCCUGACAGAAGAUUCUCCAGAUGUCCCAUAGUGUGGUUUGCCAACAGGAAUUUGGGGGUGACUUAAUUUGUAUUUGUUCCUUUCUUGUUUUAUUGUUGAUGUUGUUGUUUUGAGUCGAUUCAACUUUUUUGGUGAGAAUUCUAGCUGGUUAUGAAAGUGCAUACAGCCACCUCUGUUGUUCCCCCAUCCAAAUACAAAGCAACUGGGGUGCUAUAGUCACAAAGAAGGCCCCAAAGGGCCAAAGGGUAGGGCUGCUUUCUAAAGUCCCUAAAGAAAUACAUCAUACUCGCACACAUUUUCAUACAUACACAUGCACACACUCAAAAACUCGUACACACAUACACAAACACAGACGUGUACACACACGUCACAAUGUUGAAUGAAAAAUAUAUGACAAUAUUAGUAAUUAUUGUUGUUAUAAUUGAUCCCAUAAAUUGCACUGCUUGGAGUUUAAAACUUUGUUAACUUUGGAGUUUGGAAUUGGGUAGUUUGGAUAUGAUAUAUUUAAGAAACUUGAAAACUUGAACCUAUUUUUGUUGUUUUCUAUAUUUGUAGGUAUAUUAUAUGCAUAGGCUGCUAUGGGGGAAAAGUGUCUCAAAAUGCUUUUUUAUUGUUUCUUGUUAUUCCUCCUCAAGCUGACGUGCAGUUUCUGAUGUCCUGGUAUAAGGCAUAGUCGCUGCUCUGGUUCUGUAACCUAGCCAGAGAGCUAUCUUCUCUAAACAACACUGGAAUCUACAGUACAUCUUGAAAACACUUACUAAAAAGAAAAUGUUGCAACAAAAAAAAAAUGUUUUUUUUUCUCUAUUGAAGAUUGUUACUGUCUGAUUGGGAGGUUUUCCAGCAUGACCUCUUGUGUGUGGUUUAGUUAUACAUCUUUUAAUAUAUUUAUUUUAAUAUAUUCCUUUUAAUCCCUAGAUUUGUUUUCCCUAAACUCACCCCCCACAAAAAAAACCAGUUUAGGAAUCUGAAAAAUGAGGCUGAAUCAGCUUUUUGCUAUGGGAGGCUUUUGACUUUGUUCCGUUAUAGUGCUAUUCCUGUCAUGCCUCCCUUUUAUAAGUAUGGUAGAAGUGGGAUAUCCCUUUUCACUUCUGGGCACUAUCAUAUAGGAGGAGUGAGAGCUGGGACCAAAAGGGAGUCUUGAUGUGAAACAAUCAUGCCCUGUUCUCUCGGGUGAUGUGAGAUGAGACAAGGUACACUGCUUUUUCCUGGUCCGUUUCAGCCCAUGGUUGAGACGCAUUGAGCCAGAGUCAUUCGUUGACUUUUGGAUUCAGAACAUUGAUAUAUUUAUUAUGACUGUGAGUUUCCCUUGAAUGUACUGCACUUAAAUUACUGAAAUGUCUAAUGCCUUGGCUUGAGGGACUCGAGUGAAAAUUUAAAAAAAAUUUAAAAAUUAUAAUAAUUGAUCAGUGCAGCAGUCCUAUGGUCCUAAAUUAGCAUUUCCUUUGUCAGUCAAAUUUCACUGGUAAAUUGAGUUUAUUAACUGGAGAGAGCGCUGAGGCUUUGUCACGUGGAAAUGCUGGCAACAGUGGAUAUUUAUGAAGUGCAAUUAUUAUGACUGUAUUAACAUUUUUCUCUGAGCUUACACCAAAAAAAUGUAAACUACAGUUGUAAAUACAUUCCCAAUGUACCACGUGCCCGAUCCCCAUACUUUUCUGUUUUGAGGUGUAAAAUAAAUCUUAUUUAAGAAUA